AAAUCAGAUAAUUGGUUCUCCUUGCCUCGCGUCGCUUCUUCCCUAUCCCCAGUUCUUCAGUUCUCUGCCAUUUUCUCCAUUCUCACUCAUUUUAAUGGCAUUAGGGUUUCAUUCAACUUAGACUCAUUCUUUUCUCCUUACAUCACCAUGAAUCUCUCACUACCAUCACCUUCUACUUUUCGCGGGAGCCUCGUCGCUCCUCUCUCGCACUGCACUUCUUGCUUUCAGUUCAAUCUUCGAUUUCAUCGUUCCAACCGUUUUCGCAAUUCGCGGUGGAGCUCAGGAAAAUUGAGUCGUACCGGAAGAAGAAGGAUUGUUUGUAGUGUUACUGAGUCUGACGGUGACAACAAGGAGGAGAAAGAAGUACAUAAAAAUGAAGAAACACAAUCAGUGGAGGAUUCUGUUGAGCAAAGUAAGCCCCCACCUAUAGAUGGAGAACAACUAAACAAAUUUAGUGAUGGAAAUACAGAACAAAAUGAUACACAGAAUAUGGAUAACAUAAAAGUUGCCAGUGGAUCACCUCUGCCAGGUGUGAAGCCUCAACAACUGGAUGAUGUAAUAAAAAUUCCCAAGGAAACAAUCGAAAUAUUCAAAAAUCAGGUGUUUGGGUUUGAUACUUUUUUUGUGACAAGCCAAGAUCCUUACGAGGGCGGAGUGUUGUUCAAGGGAAACCUGCGAGGGCAAGCUUCUAAAAGUUAUGAUAAGAUUUCAAAGAGAUUGCAAGAUAAAUUUGGAGAUGAAUAUAGGCUUUUCCUUCUAGUCAAUCCUGAGGAUGAUAAGCCGGUGGCCGUUGUUGUGCCAAGAACUACCUUACAACCAGAGACAACUGCUGUACCUGAGUGGUUUGCUGCUGGAUCUUUUGGACUGGUCACAUUGUUUACCUUGCUACUUCGCAAUGUCCCAGAUUUGCAAUCCAAUCUACUAUCAACUUAUGACAAUCUGAACUUGUUAAAGGAUGGCAUACCUGGAGCCCUAGUUACUGCACUUGUUCUGGGGGUUCAUGAACUUGGUCACUUUCUAGUUGCCCAAAACACUGGAGUUAAGCUUGGGAUCCCGUACUUUAUUCCUAGCUGGCAGAUAGGCUCUUUUGGUUCAAUUACAAGGAUAAGAAGCAUAGUAUCUAAUCGCGAAGAUUUGCUCAAGAUUGCAGCUGCUGGACCAAUAGCUGGAUUUACACUUGGCCUUGUGCUUCUGCUUAUAGGUUUUGUUAUACCCCCAAGCGACGGUAUUGGUGUUGUUGUUGAUGCUUCUGUGUUUCACGAGUCAUUUCUUGCUGGCGGCAUUGCAAAACUGCUUCUUGGCAACGUUCUCAAGGAAGGAACUCCAAUUUCUGUGAACCCUCUUGUGAUUUGGGCUUGGGCAGGACUCCUUAUCAAUGCCAUCAACAGUAUUCCUGCCGGAGAGCUUGAUGGAGGGAGAAUUUCUUUUGCCUUAUGGGGAAGAAAGACUUCAAUUCGAUUCACAGGAUUUUCAAUUGUGUUGCUUGGACUGUCAUCACUCCUUAAUGAUGUAGCAUUCUACUGGGUAGUUCUUAUAUUCUUCUUGCAAAGAGGUCCAAUUGCUCCUCUAUCUGAUGAAAUAAGUGAACCUGAUGAAAAGUACGUUGCUCUUGGAGUAACAGUUUUGCUCUUAGGCUUGUUAGUUUGCUUGCCAUAUCCUUUCCCUUUUAUAGACGAAACCCUCGCAACUUUCUAGAAACUAUGGCAGCAUCACUGUAGAGGUUAGGGCUGCUAGUGUAUGAAUUUUAUUUAAAGCCAAAAUUCAAGGCUGCAAACGUCCCAGUUUUGUAAUUUAUAAUUCUUUACAAACUCACAAUUUUAUUUUAAUACCAAUUUCCUGUUGUUCA